CAAUGAUAACUCACUUUUUUUCAGUUAUUUGCUGUUUUGGGGGGGAAAGGUGUCUUUUUGGGGAGUAAAAGUGACAAUUUUACUUCAAUGACUUUUUAAACACCAUUUUCCGCUCAACCUUCUCAUUUAAUACUUGAAAAUAAUAGGAAAAAAGUGAAAUUUUCAUAGUAAACAGUUUAGUUUGACUAGACUUCUCUCCUAUUCACCACUUUGAUUAUGAAGUUGAAAGUGUAAAAGUGUCAAACAAAUAUAAUCGUUGGUACAAUGUUUGUGCCCAUGUUAUUUGUCCUUUGGGCAAGGAACUAUGCUUCAUAUGAGUGUGGUUCCAAAGUAAUUGCUGCUAAUUCAGAGGCCGAGGGAACACCAAGGAUACUCAAUGAAAUGAUGGAUGAAUACCUGUUAAAUCCUUGUAAGGCUCAAAUCUGGUUUAUAGUUGAACUGUGUGAAUCUAUUCAACCGUUAGGCUUUGAACUGGCCAACUAUGAGCUUUUCUCGUCCACACCUAAAGAUUUUACCGUCUAUGGAAGUGAAGUUUAUCCCACCCGUGAAUGGGUUAACUUGGGGUCAUUCACUGCUCAUGAUGUGAGGACCAUUCAAAGAUUUGAAUUACAGUCACAGUCAAGGUUUUUCAAAUAUAUGAAAGUUGAAAUGAAAUCUCAUUAUGGUGCUGAACAUUAUUGUCCACUCUCAGUUAUAAGGUUCUUUGGUACCUCUAUGGUCGAGGAGUUUGAUGCCAUAGAAAAUGGGGGAAACGUUGAUAAGAACAUUCAUUUCACUGAUGUCGAAAAUCUAGCUACUCAUGAAUCAUCAUAUACGUCAUCUCAAAGUCAUUCUGCCAAUCUUAUUGGUACAGCAAGAGAAGCCGUUAUGAAUAUGGUUCGUAAAGCAGCUAUGGCUCUGUCAAAAUUUCCUUCUCAAGAGGCCGAAAGUUUCAACAAAAGUGAUUUUGAUAAUCUUUCAGAGCAAAGAACAUCUGACGUUCUGCAACUGUCCUUGAGCUCUUUUAAAUUUAUGCCUGUACUGGAUAAUAUAUUAUUGAGUUGUAAUGACUGUGGUGGCUUGAUUGAGGUUGCUGGUUCUUCGCCUUUAAAUCAAAAGCUUUGUGAUUAUAUUAAAGUGCUUUUAGGCAUCAAAACCUAUGCUAUCCUUUGUGAAGAAAUAAGCAAAGAACCUAUGCUCCGUUUCAGGUGUCCUCUUUUAUCUUAUUUUAUCAACACAACUCACCCGUUGUCCAUUGAUAUUGGUCCUGAUGAGCUUUCUACUGAAAUUUUGGUGCCAUCUUAUUUUUCCACUAAAGAGUCAACUUCUGACUCUUCAACUAACCUCCACGAGGAAGACAACUUUACCCAGGCUCAAGAUUCAUCAAACCAGCCAUUAUCUCAAAAGUCUUUUAUUGUCGAAACUGUUUUGCCAUCAUCUGUUAUUGAAGGGUCUCUCCUUUCAUCCAUUACUAGUGUACUAAUUGAACCUAAUCAUAAUGAGAGUGAAAAUCUUAAACCGAGUGAAUUCAUCACAGAUUUAGUUAAUAAUACGAUGGAUACUCCAUCCAUCGAUAACAACACUCAAAAUCUUGCUGAUCAAUCCAUUGACUCUAGCUCUUCAUCUAUCAAUUCAAAUGGAGAUAAAGUUUCUGAAGAGACACCAACUCUUUCUACACCCUCACCGUCCAUAUCUUCAUCCUCAUCUCAACCACCAACACCUCAGUCACAACCAGCACAAGCUCAACAACCUGUGCAACCUCAACAAACAGUGACUUCAGGAGCUUCUCAACCUACUGCACCCACUAAUACAGCUAAUUGGGUUCCUUUGAGUGCGAGUCAAGCGAAGGAAUCAUCCGUUUUCAUUAGAAUGAGCAACAAAAUUAAAGCUUUAGAGGUCAAUUUAAGCUUAAGCAAUCAAUUUUUAGAAGAGCUUAACCAAAGGUAUCGCAAAAAUGCUGAAGAAAUGCAACAAAUUAUAAAUGAAACUCUGGUCAAAUUGAAUGAAACUGCUCAAUCAGCAGCCGAAAGGGAUGAAAAGAAUAAAGAAAUGUUGAACGACUUACAGUCGCGUCUAAUUUUAGCUGAAGAUCAAAUAGCUCUAUUUAUCGCCGAAAAAGAAACGUUACACUGGUCUUUUAUCGAGAUUCAUAUCAUUUUACUAAUUAUUGAGAUUAUCAUAAUGUUUAGUAUUAUGUCUUUAUGUAUCAGACGAGCUUCAGCAACUUCAUCGUCACCAUCUUCUUCAGUGACGUCUCAAAAUAAUCUAAUGGCGGUUCCAUCUUCAUCAAAAAUAGCUGAUUCUUCAACAUCAUCUCUUUCUCCUUCCUCAUCAAACUCUCAUUUUACAUCUUUGCCAGAAAAUCAGCAUCAUUCUAAUCCUUCAUCCUCGUGUUUGAUUACUCGACCUGCAUCAUCUUCAAAUCUUGCCACUUUAUCGGCAAAUCCAAGUCAAGCAUCAACCAUCUUCAAUUCCAAAGAUUUUUCUUCAUCACCAAAAUUUCACAAUACAUUUCCACGAUCAAGACCAGAAAAGCAACGCCAAAAUCUCUGCGAUUUAAUCCAAAAUCAUUUUAGUCACAAGUUAGUUAGCUGAUAAUAAUAAUCACUCUUUAUCCAAGAGAAUAUAUAAAAUACCUAGAUUUACAUUAUAUAUUAAAUAUCAAUCAGUCUUUCUCAUUAAGACUUAGCCAUUAACAGAUCUUAUCGAAAACUUGCCAAGGCAAAGAAACUAUUGAUCUAAUCAAUCCAUUUGAAGAAGUCAAAUCAAAACAUGGUCAUGUGUAUAGCAGAUCUUGGAACAAUUGAUUCACAAGAAGUCAAUCGAGUUCAUUUAGCAAUUUGGUUUUCAUGCUAAAUUGGAGGUCAAUCCAUUUAAUAGGAUGACUCAGGUUGAGAAUUAAAAAAAAGCAAAAUUAACAAAUGCAACAUUACAUUGUAAUUGUCAUUCUCAUUGAAUCCUGUCAGUCGUUUUACCAUUUUAUUAAUCUAUGAUUAAUCUGUUUCAUAUUAGUGACAAAUAUAAUUAUUGAAAUUGUUAUUUCCUCAUUAAAGAGCUUUUGUUUUGUUUAUUA